AUGCCACCAUCCUCCACCGCGAAAACAACCCCCCUCCCCCUCGCCCCCAACCGCGCCUCCGUCGCAAACGAAAUCUCCCUCCUCCUCUCCCGCCGCACGGCCCUCCUCAAGACGCUCAAUCCCACCUCCACAACAUCACCUUCAACAACAACGCCGUCUUCAAAAAGGUAUACCGCCACAAACGCAGACGCCAUCGAACAGCUCUUCUCCUCCGGGCCCCGUCCCAACCAAGGCGUAGGCUACGUCCCCGAAAAGAAGGACGCCUCUACUGCGCAAGAUGGCAUGCUACGGAGGAGACUCCUCGGCGGCGGCAAGAAUGGGAAAGCCGGUAUGAUGAGCAAGACGAGAAAGGCUGAGAGCGAGAGCGAUGAGGAGGAGGGGAGGAGUGCGCUCGGGAAGAAAAAGAGGAAGAGGCCGACGACGAGGAGUGAGGAGGAGGCUGAGCGUGAGAAUGCUGCGCCUGCGGAUGUAGUAGUAGGAGGAGGGAAGGGAGGACGCACGGAAGAAGAAGAAGCAGAGGUGGAGGGGGAGGAGGAAAGGGGAGAAAAAGGAGAGAAAAGACAAGACGAGGUUGAAGAUGGGCAGCGCAAGCACGACAACGGCGACGAUGCUGCUGUUCUUCAGGUCAAAGAGACGGCAGCAAUAAGUGACAACGCAGACGCAGCCGACGAAGCGAAAAGGAACAAGAAGAGGAAGAAGAGGCAGCGGGAAAAAGAAAAGGAAAGACAAAAGCGAGAGCAAAAAUAG